AUGGCGUCCGACUUGUCCACUGCCGCCACCUUGGCGAGCAGUUUCACGGUCGACGUACCGGUCAUGAGCACCUCAGCCGUUGAGGUGACCCCCAAGGCUGGCUUUGGCUGGUUUGGCAUCCUCGGUUGGAUCAUCCUCACUGCUAUUAACCUUGUGUCCAUGGCCCUCUACUGGGCUAUUCGCAUCGUCACUAUCACUAUUCCUAGCUUGCUCUACACACUGCUCUCUGCUAGCUGGACGGUGACGAUGAACGCGACCACUCUCAUCUUCAUCAUGGUGGCGAUUGCAUCAGCUGUCAGCUGGGUUGUAAGAUACCGUAUCCUCAACAUGUACUCGCGACUACCACCUGAGCCGCAACGCAAGGAGCCAGAUAUCGAUCUCUUCCCCGAUACCCAUGAGGAAGGUAUGAAAUCUGGACUCUCCAAUUAUUUGGACGAGUUCCUUAGUGCCAUCAAGAUAUUCGGUUAUCUUGAGAGGCCCGUCUUUCAUGAGUUGACGAGGAGUAUGCAAACCCGGAAACUGAUUGCGGGAGAAACCAUCAAUCUGGAAGAAGAAAAGGGUUUCUGCAUAGUUGUCGACGGUCUAGUUGAAAUUUUCGUCAAGACCGGCCAGGAUGCCCGCAAUUCUGGCUCCUCUUCAGCCGAUCAGUCUUGUCAUGACUCUUCUGAAGACGAAGAAUACAUGGCUCGGGGUCAGCAAAAGUACCAUCUCCUCACGGAAGUGAGGAAUGGCGCGCCGAUGUCCUCGUUGUUUUCUAUCAUGUCUCUAUUCACUGAGGACGUCAAACUUAGGCUUGCAGACGAGGAAGAACCCCAGCCAGAAGAAGGCGCGGAUUCCGGCCCUUUCGUCCCAGCAUCAAUGCCUAAUACGCCAAAUCUCAACGCCAGGUCCGGAAGGAAUGCAAUUGUACCUGAGCAUGAGGCACAACCCCAGGUAUCUCGUGGGGUUGCUGGCUCCAAGAUCCCCCCCAUGUCUCUCAAUGAUGCAGUCCCUGCCAUUCAUCAUCCACUGCAAAGACCCAAGCCACCGAAGCGCCGCGUUUCACAGUCGGUUCAUCCUGACAUCAUUGCUCGUGCAACAGUCGAUACCACAAUUGCAAUCAUACCCGCUCAGGCAUUCCGAAGGCUGAUCAAGAUUUAUCCAAAAGCCACAGCCCACAUCGUUCAGGUCAUUCUUUCUCGCUUUCAUCGUGUUACUCUCGCUCACGCGUUCAACUAUCUUGGCUUGACUGGUGAAGUCUUGCAAACGGAAAAGAAUAUUCUCAAAUAUACUUCUUGCCAACUGCCGAACAUGUUGCGCGGAGACGCGCUUUUGCGAUUAAAGGAAAAGUUUAAGCGAGAGAGGGAACGAAUGAAGGAUAGCCAAGAGUCAAAAGGCAUUGCCUUGCACAAUUCCACCAUCAAUCACCAGAGACGUUCUAGUCCGACUCUCCGCAAAGAAGCUGCAAUGCAUGCUCUGUCUAAGCAACGCACCUCCUCCAUGUCCAACAAUGUCGGUUCACCACCCGAACGCUCCUCUCACCACCACAAGCCUCAGCCCGGCGACCUCUUGGCCAAUAUUAACCAGGCUCGGAACGUUCAUAAGCCAUUCGGCAUGGAUCCUAAGACACCACUCGCUCUGCGCUCUUUCAACCCAUUCGACUCUGAGAAGCACGCAAGAAUUUCUGUUGACCCACGGGAUUUAGCUGAAGAAGAUGACCUGUUCCGCACUUGCAUCCUGGAAUGCAUUUUCAAGACGCUUGGUCUUGACAACGAUGGCACAAUCUCCAGAGAACCAGAAUCAACAGAAGCAUCUCCACGAAUCGGAUAUAUGGACCAGCGUCGAGCCAGGGCGGCCUUCCCGAGCAACGCCUUCGGAUUCAUGGCCCCAUUUGAGACCUCUAUCGACGGCGAGACAGAAUCCGUUACUUCUAGCAGCAUGGGCCUGCAUGGGACACCCAGUGCGUACAUUCUCUCCCAAGAAAUGAAGAAUGAGAUGGAGAUAGUCUUUUUCCCAAAAGGCUCUAUUCUUGUGCAGCAGGGGGAGAGAAGCCCUGGCAUCUACUAUGUUGUGGACGGGUUCUUAGAUGUUGGCGUGAGCAAGGAAUCUUCGCGGGAGAUUUUGCAUAAGUCUAGACCGAAAACGCCAGAGACAAAGAGCCCGGACAGGCCUAGCAGUGGUGGUGGUCAUGAUGAUCGCUCAGAGACUCAAAAACACGCCAGCCGUCGGCGCAGUGUUGCGUGGGUGAAGCCGGGUGGCAUCGCGGGUUACAUCGGCGGCGUCUCGUCCUAUCGAUCGUACAUUGAUGUGGUGGCAAAGACUGAUGUUUAUGUUGGCUUCCUCCCCCGUUCAUCACUGGAAAGAAUCAUUGACAAGUACCCAAUCAUUCUGCUUACUAUGGCGAAGCGAUUGACAAGCAUCUUGCCUCGUCUCAUUCUGCAUAUUGACUUUGCCCUGGAAUGGGUUCAAGUUAAUGCAGGCCAAGUCAUCUUCCACAAUGGCGACGAAAGUGAGGCUAUAUACGUGGUAUUGAACGGUCGCCUUCGGCUCGUCGAAGAAAGAAAGGAUGGCGGCGUGGAAGCAAAAGCUGAGUACGGCCAAGGCGAAAGCGUUGGUGAGCUUGAAGUACUUACAGAAUCCGCUCGAUCUGGGACUUUGCAUGCGAUUCGAGACACGGAGAUUGUCAAAUUUCCGCGCACCUUGUUUAAUAGUCUCGCGCAAGAGCAUCCCAACAUCACCAUCAAGAUCUCCAAGAUCAUUGCGGCGCGGAUGCGGGCCAUGGUGGAUGAUCCAAUGAAUCUCGUCGGUGCGGAUGCCGGCUCUGGUGCUAUUCGGAACCACGGCAAAUCAACAAUGAACUUGCGAACUGUGGCAAUUCUGCCCAUUACCGCAGGCGUUCCGGUGGUUGAUUUUGCGAGUCAGCUCAUGAACGCUCUAUCUCAGAUGGGCACGCCCAACGGUGCUACCUCACUCAAUCAAGCUGCCAUCUUGAACCAUCUGGGCAAGCAUGCGUUUAGCAAAAUUGGAAAACUACGACUCUCUCAAUAUUUGGCCGAUUUGGAAGAAAAAUAUGGACUCGUAGUUUACGUGGCUGAUACCAACGUCAACUCUCCUUGGACGCAGACUUGUAUCGCACAGGCCGACAGUAUUCUUCUAGUUGGCUUGGCGGUAGGAUCGCCUGAGAUUGGCGAGUACGAGCGAUUCAUGCUCGGAAUGAAGUCAACCGCGUGGAAAUCCUUGGUUUUGCUGCAUGCGGAACGAUUUUCAAAGCCGGGUCUGACAAGAUCUUGGCUGCGAAACCGUAUGUGGAUCAACGGUGGCCAUUUCCAUAUCCAGAUGGCCUUCACAGACAACGAAGUUAGGGUAAUACCAACUUCAAACAAACUCGGCCAGACGUUGAAGCAGCAACUGCAAAUUUUGCAGACUGAAAUCCAAAAGUACACGACAAAAAGGGCGCAGCGCUACUAUAUCCCCGACUCGCCAAUGAAGAGCGAUUUCCAUCGUCUCGCUCGUCGACUCUGUGGCAAGUCUAUCGGACUGGUCCUCGGCGGUGGGGGCGCCCGUGGUAUUACUCACAUUGGCAUCAUCAGAGCUAUUGAGGAAGCAGGUAUCCCCAUCGAUAUUGUUGGAGGCACAUCCAUCGGCGCCUUUGUGGGAGCACUGUAUGCACGACAUGCUGAUGUGGUGCCCAUGUUUGGUCUAGCGAAGAAAUUUGCUGGGCGUAUGGCGAGUCUGUGGCGUUUUGCUCUCGACUUGACUUACCCGUCUGCUUCUUAUACCACGGGUCACGAGUUCAAUCGUGGUAUUUUCAAGGCCUUCGGCAAGACCCAGAUUGAAGACUUUUGGCUCGAGUUCUACUGCAAUACCACCAACAUCACGAAGAGUCGAAACGAAUUCCACACUAGUGGAUACGCAUGGCGUUACAUUCGCGCGUCCAUGUCCCUUGCUGGCCUGCUUCCGCCUUUGUGUGAUGAGGGCAGUAUGCUGCUUGAUGGUGGCUAUGUCGACAACUUGACCGUCUCGCAUAUGAGAGGCCUCGGCGUCUCGAGUAUUUUUGCUAUUGAUGUUGGCGCAGUGGAUGAUGACACACCACAGACGUAUGGCGACUCGCUGUCAGGCAUGUGGGCGUUUUUCAAUCGCUGGAACCCGUUCUCGUCGCACCCGAACCCGCCCACACUGGCUGAAAUCCAAGCGCGUCUUGCCUAUGUUUCCAGCAUUGAUGCGCUGGAGAGUGCCAAGCAAAUCGAGGGAUGCAUCUACAUGCGGCCUCCUAUUGAAGCGUAUGGCACUCUCGAUUUUGCCAAGUUUGAUGAACUGUACCGCCUUGGAUACACCUACGGUCAGGAUUUCAUGAAGAAGCUGCGCGAGCAGGGCAAGCUUCCUCUGUCCGAAGAGGCGGAAGCUAAGCAGUCCAUGCGUCGGACCACGGCUCGGAGAAGAGCAAGCAUAUAA